GGUAAAGGUACCAUGGUGAUGCCCUGUUUAUUCGUGUCGAUGGCGACCGAGAGGUUAAACCUCGGCACCCGACUCCGUCUCUAGGCAGUAGGUGCCGUUCGCCGAUCAGGGAAGGACAUCGCGCCUCGUACCAUCGUGCACGCCGUUUCCCCGUCCUCAUGAUUCGUCCGAGCGAGUGAGCCGCACCGUCCGAAGCGAGAUGCAUCGUCCGAACCAGGGACACGGCUGGAAGGAUCCGGCCAGGGCGGAGGUGGGAGAUCUGGACGAUUACGACGAUUACAAGAUCCGGGAGAAGGAGUCCGGAGGAUGUUGGGAUGGAUUCACGGGAUGCCUCGGCGGGAUGUGGGCGACCCGGCAGAUGAACAAGACCAAAGACAGGGAGAUCUACGUCCGAACCACCCUCAGAGAACUGGUCGUCUACGUCGUCUUCUUGAUCGUCCUCUGCAUCCUGACGUUCGGGAUGACGAGUUCCACCAUGUACUACUACACGAACGUGAUGCAGAGCCUCUUCCUGGACGCACCCUUCAACGACACCAAAAACACCGUCCGGGGUUCCACUCAACUCCUCGACUUCUGGAGGUUCGUGGACUACGUGAUGCUGGACUCCCUGUACUGGGAGUACUGGUACAACCAGGGGACCACACCCACCUCCUCGCAAGAUCGGAACAUACUCUACGAGAACAAAUUACUCGGAGUCCCUCGCCUGAGACAGUUACGGGUGAGGGACAAUUCCUGCACGGUCCACGAGAACUUCCAGAGGGCCAUCACCAAAUGCUACGACGUGUACUCGACCGACGCCGAGGACAAGACCGGUUCCGUACCCCAGAAUCUUCAAUACACGGACACGGCAUGGACGUACCGAAAGGAGUCGGAACUCGGCGGGACCUACUACUGGGGGAAGAUCGCCACGUAUUCGGGAGCGGGCUUCGCGCAGGACCUGAAGCCGACCAAGGCGGACACGCUGUUCAUCAUGACGGAACUGAAGCAGAACCUCUGGAUCGCACGCGGGACUCGCGUCGUCUUUCUCGACUUCACCGUCUACAACGCCAACGUCAAUCUCUUCUGCGUCGUCAAGUUGGUGUUCGAGUUCCCGGCCACCGGAGGAAUGAUCACGUCUUGGAGUUUCCGGACCGUGAAACUCCUCCGUUACGUCACCCCGUUCGAUUACUUCAUCAUGGCUUGCGAAUUCAUCUUUUGCUUCUACAUCUUCUAUUACAUCAUCGAGGAGAUCAUCGAGAUCCAUCACAACGGUUGGAAGUAUUUCGCGUCCGUCUGGAACGUCCUGGAUAUCACAGUCAUCAUCGUGAGGGCAUUUUCGCACGCGCACAGUUCGCGGGGAAUUCCCAGGCUGGUGUGGGAAUUCUUGCCGACGGGUGGCGUGAAGACGAGCUGGCGAUUCCGUUCCCUUCGUCUCGUUCAGCACGUGCACUUGAGAGAUUAUUUCUUCACCGCACUGGAAUUGAUGGCGUGCGGCUUCGUCUUUUGGUAUUCCGCUCAACUCCUGUUGGGAUUUCGCCUGCACGGAUGGGGGCUGCUGAGGGACGUCUUCGCUUGGAUCGACGUCCUCGUCCUCGGGGUAUCGUCGCAGCAUCCCCUUCGUUUCCUCACCGCGUGGGCACGGAUCGCGACGAUUCCCGAGGGGAACGAACCCGGGGUCCGCUCUCAUCUCGAUCCUCUCUCCGUCCGUGCAGAUCUCCCUGUGUUGCAUCGCCUUCUCCAUCUACCGAUACCUGAAAGUGGAGGAGCUGAUCGAGGGCCUCCUGAAGAACCAGAACCAAUACGCCAACUUCGAGUUCCUGGGAUACUGGCAGACCCGAUACAACGACGUCGUCGCCGUCUGCGUCUUCUUCGCGUGGAUCAAGAUCUUCAAGUACAUCUCCUUCAACAAGACGAUGACUCAACUGUCGUCCACCCUGUCGCGGGUACGUCGUCUCUUUCGCGUUCCGACUCCCGCGAGACGAGGGGCGCGAGCGAACCCGGUCGGGACUCGUGCGCCAAGGACGUGGCCGGAUUUGCCAUCAUGUUCUUCAUCGUUUUCUUCGCCUUCGCUCAACUGGGCUAUCUCCUCUUUGGGACUCAGGUGGAGGACUUCAGCACCUUCGGAGAUUCCGUUUUCACCUUGCUUCGCACCAUCUUGGGCGACUUCAAUUUCCACGAGAUCGAGGAAGCGAAUCGAGUCCUUGGGCCCAUCUUCUUCCUCUCUUACGUCUUCUUCGUCUUCUUCGUCCUCCUCAACAUGUUCCUGGCCAUCAUCAACGACACGUACUCGGAAGUGAAGGCGGAGAUCGCGAAGCAGAAGAACGAGUUCGAGAUCGCCGACUAUUUCAAGCGGGGAUACAACAACCUGAUGGGGAAACUCGGUCGAAGGGACAAGCUGAUCGACAUCCAGAACGCGCUGAAGCUGUCGGAUUCGAACCACGACGGCGCCCUCACCUUCGGCGAGAUCCGCAACAACCUUCGCAAGUGCAAUUUUUCGGAUCUGGAGAUCGAGAUGUUCUUCGCCAAGUACGACAUGGACGGCGAUCGAACCCUGGACGAGGAUGAGAAGCGCCGAAUGAUGUCGGACCUGGAAGGGAAAAAGAUGGAACUGGACCAACAGACGAAGGGAACGGAUCGACGAGCCUCCAUGGCCUCCAUGUCCGGACUUGGAGCCGUCUCCUUCGAGGAAUUCUCUCAGUUGCAACGUCGCGUGGAGCGAAUGGAGAGCACCAUGGGGACUAUCGUACCGAAGAUCGACGCAGUGCUGCUCAAAUUGGAUGGAAUGGAGAGAGCAAAGCAGAAGCGGAAGCAGACCAUGAACAAAAUCCUCGACUCCAUCACCGAAGACUCCGGCGAUGCGGUGAAGCUGAGACCGGUGCUCCAGGAGAUGAAGAAUUUGGACGACGACUGAGCACGUCACGAUGUCGGAUCCCUUGGCUUUCUGUCUUUCUUUCUCCCUUACUCCUCGUGACCUUUGACUCUUUUGUCUUGACCUUUCUUUCGUUUAGAAUAGUCCAAUGAGUCGAUCAGAGUCGAGGACGGGGGUGUCGUGCAGAAAUGCGGGAAACGAUGAGAGAAAUCGGCAGCAUCGGGUAACCCUGACGGUGGCAUUUCGGUACGGCUACCCCUUCGGUCCUGUUAGUUCAUUAGAGAGUGAAUUCUUGGAGCUUGUGCUGUAGAUCAGUACCUAUUCUUGAGAUCACGAUGAGAAGUGCCAGACGAUACUCGGUCCGUACUUCGCCCAUCUUUCGGGAUUUCCAAAUUUCACCGCUUCCUCCUGGAGGUGGAGGGUAAGACUUUUAGGUGGAAAAAUAUUCGUAUUUUCGAGGCGCAUCAGGUAACCCGGUCGUCCCCAGGAGGAAGCGAAACGUCACCGUUUCAUUUUUCGGCGAAGAAGAGACGAGUCGGCUGUGCCGAAACACUUUGAAGUAGCCUUGUAAAGAAUCGAGGUGAGAUUUCAUCCAACAAUAAAGGAUUUUAUCGCUGCGGAA